AUGACUACUUUUGUCCAACAUCCAAAAGAUACAACGCCAAACGUGCCUCACUAUGCCAUGCAGGAGUCACGUACCCACCAUGUCAUGCCGGUAAACGGCAGCCAGCAGCAAAUGCUUGGUCAUCAACAUCCAGCACCACUCGUACAAACAUACCCAGACCAAGAACCACAGUAUCACCAGUCAGGAUAUAACGAACGACUAGUUCAAGUGCCAACUCAAGACUCUCGACCCAGAUAUCCAGAAGCGAUAUCGUAUGGACUAUCAACGUCUGGAUACGAUCAGGGUCAACAGCUCCGACCUGCUCUGGACCAAAGGCACAGUGACUCAAGCUUUCGUUCUGCACGAUCCCACAAGUCGACGCGCUCGACAAACUCACACCACUCAUACCAUUCGACUAAAUCAGCCCAUUCGUGCCGAUCGCACCAUUCUUAUCAUGGCGUGAAUGAUGAACUCAGGAAGUGCAAGAAGCGAGAUAUUGAUGCCAGGCCGACCAUGGGAGACAGUGUGAUGCUUGUGGUUAACCACUUCCGGGAUCUGCUGUCUGGCGAUAGACGCUGA